AUGACAUGUAUUAACUUAGAAUUUUUGCAAAAUCUUCUGAAGGACGAAUAUCCAGAUGUGGUCAUUCACGAUUUUGAGGGCGCGCCUGGCUCAAAACGUGGUGACAAUUACACUUCAAUGGUAUAUCGGGUAACUUUGAAAGGGUCCCGUAAAUCUAUAGAAGCUGAUGGCACUACCGAGAUCAUCGAGCCAUGGGAAGGCUCAAUCGUAUACAAAUGCUUGCCUGAAAGUAUCUUACGACGAGAAGCCUUCAAAAGCGACGAGUUAUUCUGCAAUGAAGUAGCAUUUUACAACAAAAUUUGGCCAGCACUGUCGAAAUUUCAAAGCCAAUGGUGUAAAGUUGCUAAUCCCUUUAAAGCUAUACCAAAAUGUUACUUGGCACAAAAUGAUUUAGUAAUUUUGAAAGAUUUAAAAGAGUUGGGGUGUGUAAUGCCUGAUAGGAGGAAAGGGUUGACUAUAGAGCAGUGUUAUUUUGUGCUAAAACACUUAUCGCACUUUCAUGCUUUGUCUCUGGCUAUGAAGUAUUACGACCCAGAAGGUUUUUAUGAGUUGUUGAAUAUACAGGAUGGGAUAUCUGAAGUAUUUUUCGUCUCCGAAAACGAAGAUUACUAUAGAAGCUACUAUAGUGAAGCAACACGUAAUGCAAUAGCAAUGGUAGAAGAAGAACUCCACGAUUCAUCUGAUAAGGAAAAAUAUUUGACACCCUUCAAGCAAUUUUGUAGUGAAGAUACCUUUUUUCAAUCUAUGGUGGAUAUGGUAGCUCCCAGAGAACCACUAGCAGUGAUAUGCCAUGGAGAUUGCUGGACAAAUAAUAUGCUGUUCAGAUUUCUGGAUGGGCAGUUAGCAGAGAUGUUCAUCGUAGAUUUUCAGCUCGCACGUUACGCGUCUCCUGGUUUGGACCUCGCGUAUCUUAUUUACCUUUGUUUGGAAAGGCAGCAACGAGCAGAACAUACUCCUGCCUUAUUGCGGUUCUACGCGGAUGAACUCCACGAUAGGUUGUUGGAGAUGAGUGAUGGAAAUGUUUUAGAUAGGGAGACGCUCUAUGAUAUGUUACUAGAGGAGUUCAAGACCAGCAGUCGCUUCGGUUUAGGACUCGCGUUGGACAUGUACCCUAUUAUGACAUGUGACAGCAAUGAGGCGCCUAAUCUUUAUCAAGAGAAGGAAAGUGAGGUGACCCCAUCGCAUGUGAUAAGCAAUUGUGUCAAACCAGUGUGGACUUCCAACGAGGCUUGCAGGAAGAAAAUGACCGAUUUAGUUAUUGAACUCGUCGACGGAGGGCUCUUA